AUGAAAGAUUUACCAAUAUUAAGAUAUAAAAAUGAAAUAAAAGAAAAAUUAAAAAAUAAUAACCUUAUAGUUAUAAAAGGAGAAACAGGAUGUGGAAAAACAACUCAAGUACCACAAAUAAUAAAUGAAUUAUAUUUUGACAAAAAAGAAAAAGAUGAUAUAGAUGAAAAAAAUAAUCAAAAUGAUUCUCAAAAAAUUCUUGUGUCUUUGCCAAGAAGAGUUGCUACAAUAACAGUGGCAGAGCGUGUAUCAAAAGAAAUGGGAAGAGGAAAUGUUGGUGAAUAUGUGGGUUAUAGUAUACGAUUUAAAAAUGUUUGUUCAAAAAAAACAAAAAUAAAAUUCGUAACAGAUGGAAUAUUAAUAAGAGAAAUAAUGGGAGAUCCAUUAUUAAAAAAUUAUAAAUUUAUUAUUUUAGAUGAAAUACAUGAAAGAUCUAUAAGAACAGAUGUAUUACUAGGAUAUAUUAAAAUAUUAUUAGAAAAAAGAAAAAAUUUAAAAAUUAUUCUUAUGUCAGCUACUUUUGAUAUAAAUAUUUUUAAUAAUUUUUUAGGAAAUCCUCCAAUUAUAUCUAUUCCUCAUAAAAUUCAUAAAAUUUCAAUUUUUUAUCCAAAAAAUGUAAUAGAGGAUUAUUUAUUGUCUAUUGUAUGUACAAUUUUACAAAUACAUUUUGAAAAUUCCUAUAUCAAAAAAAAUAUGAACAGUUCAGAAUAUUAUGAACAUGACGACCUGAAAAGUGCAGAUCAGGAGUUAUGUGAUAAUACAAAUAUUUCUAAAAAUAUAAAUAAUCUUAACACACAAACUUCUCACUUUGUAAAUGAAUGUCAUGAAAAUUAUAAUAAUAUAAUCGGAGACAUUUUAGUAUUUUUGCCUGGGCAAGAAGAAAUCGAAAUGGUUAAUAUAAUGCUUAAGGAAAAGCUAAAAAUUAUUUACAAAGGAAUAUUAUUAAAAAAGUUAAUAAAUGGCAAAAAAGGUGCAAAAGUGAAUGCUGCUGCUGCUGACGAUGCUAACAAUGCUGCUGCUGACGAUGCUGACGAUGCUGACGAUAUCAUAACCAAAUUUAACUAUGCAAUGGGGUCGCUUGAUGACAAUCCUAUUGGUGAUAUAUCGUUCCAUUUUGGUGAUAUUGAAAUAAUUCCAGAUAAAAUAUAUACCAUGAAAAUAUUACAGUUAUAUUCUUCCCUACCUAAUAAAAAACAAAAAAUGAUUUUUGAUCCUGUCCCUCCUAAUACACGAAAGGUAAUCCUCAGCACGAACAUUGCCGAAACGUCAGUGACAAUUCCUAACAUAAAAUAUGUAAUAGAUAGUGGUAAAGCAAAGGUAAAAUUUUUUGAUGAAAAAAAAGGAUGUAGUGUUUUAAAAAUUACAAAAAUAAGCAAAGACUCUGCAAUUCAACGAAGUGGGAGAGCAGGAAGAGAAGGGCCAGGAAAAGUUUAUAGAAUAUACACAAAAGAAGAAUAUGAAAAUAUGAAAGCUUUUUUAAUACCUGAAAUAUUUAGAUCAGAUCUUACACAAAUAUAUUUGGAACUAAAAGCAAUGAAUAUAAAAAACCCACUAAACUUUAACUUUCCAGAAAACCCCAAAAAAGAAUUUUUUAUUCACUCAGCAAAAAUGCUAUUUAAAAUAAAAGCAAUAGAUGUAAAUAACAAUUUGACAGAAUUAGGAAAACAGAUAUCUAUGCUCCCUAUUAGUCCCAUUUAUGGAAAUAUGUUGUUAUCAUCUGUUUCUUUUAAUUGUGUUGAUGAGAUGGCUACACUAAUUGCACUUUUAAAUUGUGAUAGUAUUUUUUUAAAUUUUAAUUUUUAUGAAGAAACUGAACAAGUAAAUAAUAAUAGUUUGACAAAAAUGGCUAGUAAAGAUGAAAAUGAUGAUGAAAUAAAAAUAAGUGACAAAAAUAAAAUAAUUAAUAUUUCGAGAAAAAAAUUAAUACAUCCAGAUGGAGAUCAUCUAACAAUAAUACAUGUUUUUUAUUUAUGGGAACAAGAAAUAACAAAUAGUGGAAAAAAACAAUUUUGUAAUAUUUAUGGAUUAAAUAAUGAAGUUUUAAUAAAUGUACAAAAAAUUAAGAAACAAUUAUUAGAAAUCUUAUCAAAUAAAAUGGGAAUAAAAAUAAAUAAAAAAUUACAUAUGCAUAAAUGGGAUAAUAUUAUGAUGUCUUUAUGCAAAUCUUGUUAUUUUAAUGUUGCAAAAAAUAUAUCAAAUUCUUCUCUUUUUAUGAAUUUAGUAACUAAAACAAAAUUACGAAUACACCCUUCUUCUACUCUUUUUAAUUCCUCUAACAAACCUUCAUUUAUUUUUUAUUCUGAUAUUGUUCAAACAAAAAAAUUAUAUGCACGUGUCGUCACAAAAGUCAACCCUGAAUGGCUCAUCAAGUAUGUUCCCAAAAGUUUUCAGAUAUCUAAAGAUUAG